UUCUACUCCUCUCUCUUUCUUCUUUUAUCCAUAACUUAAAACCCUCUCCUUAUCACCUUUUUUUCUCUUCAUUUUGUACAACUUUCUGGGGUAUAUAGUGGAUUCCACAGUCUUUGAUAUGAACUUUAAGCUUUUCAAGUUUUUGAGGGGAAGCUGCUAGCUAAAAGAUACAAUGUAGUGGAUUAUAUAUUUCCCAUAAAGUUUUCAUUUUCUAGCUUCAAAAUCACACAAUUUGCCCCAUUUUUUGCCUCAACUUUGUAACACAAGCCUUUUCUUGUUUUUGUGUAAAGUAGCUAGAUAUCUUUAUUGUUAUUUUGCAUGGAUAGGUUGUUAGGUGAUCAAGGUGGGAGUAGUAGCAUGUUUAGGGACUAUAGAAAAGGGAACUGGACAAUACAAGAAACAAUGGUUCUAGUAGAAGCAAAGAAAAUGGAUGAGGAAAGGAGAAUGAGAAGGCAAGAGGGAAAACCAACAGAACUAAGAUGGAAAUGGGUAGAGGACUAUUGUUGGAGAAAUGGUUGUUUGAGGAGUCAAAAUCAGUGUAAUGACAAAUGGGAUAAUCUCAUGAGAGAUUUCAAGAAAGUAAGGGAAUAUGAAAGAAGAGUUGUUGAAGCUGGUGGAGAAGAAGUUGUAAAAUCUUAUUGGAACAUUGAGAAGAAUGAAAGGAAAGAAAAGAAUUUGCCUACUAAUAUGUUGCCUCAGAUUUAUGAAGCAUUAGUUGAAGUUGUGGACAAGAAAAGUCAAAGAAUGUUGUUGCCUUCUUUGCCUCCCACAUUGCAACAACAGUCUACUCAACCUCAAAUUACAUCUUUGCCAUUUCCACCACUACCAACAACAACAACAGUAGCACCAACAGAUUACACUACUCAUGUUCCUUUCCCCACAAUGAGUGGUAGCUCAGAUCCUGAUCACAGCAGUGAGCGUUCAGACUCAUCAGCAAAGAAAAGAAGAAUGAGUGGAGGAGGUGAAGGAACAAGUGGUACCUCAAAAGACAACAUAUCAGCACAAGAAGUUGGCUCUGCCAUCUCCAAGAGUGCUGCCAUUAUAGCAGAAACAAUUCAGUCUCGUGAAGAAAGAGAAGAGAAAAGGCACAGAGAACUCUUAAGUUUGCAUCAAAGGAGGCUACAAAUUGAGGAGUCAAAGGCUGAGAUUAAUAGGGAAGGCAUUAAUGGACUUGUUGAUUCUAUCAAUAAACUUGCUGAUUCCAUUCUUGCUUUGGCUGGUAACAAGAACCAAUCAACUGGUCCUAAAUAGAGUUAGUAUGUGAUUUCUUCUCACUCAUUUAGUGAAAAAAUUUUAAAAAAAUUAUUGGAGGCAUGAGUACUAUUAAUUUCCAAUUGUUUGUACAUUGUUGAUGGAUACUUGAAUUAUCAUCAUCAUGUAUCUUUUUCAAUCUUGAUAGUAUAAUUAUGUUGUGGUUUCAUACUAUUUCCUCUCAUAUGGUACCACUGUAACAUUAUAGAUUCAUUUAAUGCAAUUUGAGUAAUUUCCUUUGUGUUC